AUGUUAUUAUCACAAUUAACGAUCAUCGCUUUGUCAGUGGUGUCCACCGCUCAAGGUGCCUACAUUAAAGAACUCACCGACGUCACCAAUCUUGAGAAGAGAAAUAUCGAAAUUAGCAAGAGUGUUGGUGUUGGUGCAAAUGUUGACGCUUCCAUCUCAAAGAGCAUCGGUGUUGGUGCUGACAAGAGCAUCGGUAUUCAAAAGAGUGUUGGUGUUGGUGCCAACGUCGGAGUCGGAGCAAACGUCGAUGCUUCAGUUUCAAAGAACGUUGGCGUCAGUGCCGACAAGAGCAUUGGUAUCUCAAAGAGCUUGGGUGUUGGUGUCGGAGCAAACGUCGAUGCUUCAGUUUCAAAGAACUUAGGCGUCAGUGCCGACAAGAGCAUUGGUAUCUCAAAGAGCUUGGGUGUUGGUGUUGGUGCAAACGCUGACGCAUCAGUUUCAAAGAACGUUGGUGUCAGUGCCGACAAGAGCAUUGGUAUCUCAAAGAGCUUGGGUGUUGGUGUUGGUGCAAACGCUGACGCAUCAGUUUCAAAGAACGUUGGUGUCAGUGCCGACAAGAGCAUUGGUAUCUCAAAGAGCUUGGGUGUUGGUGUCGGAGCAAACGUCGAUGCUUCAGUUUCAAAGAACUUAGGCGUCAGCGCCGACAAGAGCAUUGGUAUCUCAAAGAGCUUGGGUGUUGGUGUAGGUGUCGGUGUUGGCGCAAACGUUGGCGUUGGUAUUGAAAAGAACUUGGGUGUCAGUGCCGACAAGAGCAUCGGCAUACAAAAGAGUGUCGGCGUUGAUGCUUCUGUGCAAAAGAGCAUUGGUGUUUCAGCUGAUAAGAAAGCUGAUUCUUAG